ACAAUUAAUCUAAUUGUGAAUGGAAGCUACUAAUUGAUACUAAUAGAUGGCUCUAGUAAGAAUAAUAAUUAACUAGAUAAAGAGAGUGACCCGAGUGGAAAAGUUGUUCAGUUCUGUUUGGAUCGUCCUGGUGAUCACUUUGUUUUUUAUUCUUUUCCCUGCUCCUCAUCCUUUUCGGUGGAAAUUUUCUGUCGUGAGGCCAACCAAUUGGCCCACAAAUCGUUAUUAAUAACAUAUCUCACCGAGAAUCAUCUUCAUCUUCCAAUUCUCUCUCGUUUUCUCCUUCAAACAAACACAACAUAUCAACAAUUUUCUUCUCAUAUUUUUCUCUCUUCUCUCAAUUAGAUCAACUACUAUUCUCACUCUCACUCUCACUAUUUCUCACUCUCUCUCUCUCUCCCAUUUGAGCCAUUUUUCUGUUAAUUGUAAACAUUUAUUCUUUUUUAUAAUAUUCUGUUUACUAUUGUUACUUUCGAUUAGUUAAUAUUCCCACUUAUAUACCUUCUCACCCACAACAAUCACCAACAUCUACUUAGUGGGUUUCAUCUCUCUCUCUCUCUCUCUCUCUCUCUCUCUCAUUGAAUCAAAUGAAUUUCAUGAGAUGACCAUUGGACAUGGAUUCUAACUGUCAACCUUUUACCUACUUUAAUCAACUAAUAGAAACCCUGACGUUAAUUGUUAUGUUUAAAUUGUGAUAAACUUAAAAAAAAAGCAUCAGUGUUUUGGUUUUAUUCACUUAUGAAUAUCAACAACAACAACUCUACCACUAGUCACCUUUACCACCGCCACCAUUACCUGGGAGAAAAACAAGAGAAAACCAAUGAGACCUUUUCGAGAUUUAAGUUCACCUCGUCCAUCAAUCAUAUCGAAUCCAUCAUCAUCAUCAAUAUUAUCCAAUAAUAAUAAGCAACUUCGCACAUCAUCAAUAUCAUCAACACGUUCCUGUGAAACCAAACAAUUGCUCAUUGUUGAUGUUGACAGUGUUUCCUACACAACUAAAACCUUUUGCCGUUCGCGAAUCGGUUAUCUGAUUACCUCAAUUAGUUUAUCAGCAAUUUACCUUCUCAUCACCUACUUAUUGAUCGGAUUAUCUGUUGAACAUUUAGUUCUCGCCUUAAUAUUUACUCUAUUUUACAAUGGUACAAGUACCACACGGAAAUUUAUCAUCGGCUUCAGUAUAUUCAUCGUUUACUGGAUUAUCUUUGAUUACAUGAAGGCAUUCCCGAACUAUAAACUCCGUCCAGUGGCCAUUCAAAGUCUCUAUUCAAUUGAGAAAUCACUUUUCGGCUUAAGUUAUAAAGGAAAUCGAUAUACUCACAAUGAAUUCUGGAAACUCCAAGCAACACCAACCCUCACCAUUAUCGCAGGAUUAUUUUAUCUCACCUGGAUACCGUUACCUUUAUCCUUUGCGGGUUACCUUUUCUUUUCCAAGAAGCGAAAAGCGUUCAUCCAUUUUUCUCUUAACUUUUUAUUCAUCAAUUUAAUCGGGUUUGCAAUCUACUAUAUCUAUCCUGCAGCACCACCUUGGUACAUUGAGGAACAUGGAUUCUGGUUUGAUCCAAAUAUCGAACCCUCACCAGGAAGAUUAACCGAUUUUGAUUCGAUCGUUGGUUGGCCAAUAUUUGGUCUCAUCUAUUCCAAAAGUUCCAAUAUUUUCGCCACAAUGCCUUCCCUUCAUGUUUCUUAUCCAUCUUUAGUUACAUUUUAUGGCCUCAAAUUGGGCCUUCCAUUACCAUCUAUCAUCACUUUUACCAUAAUUACAAUCGGUAUUUCCUUUUCCGCUGUUUACACCUCACAUCAUUACAUAUUAGAUGUUCUCGCAGGAAUCAGUACAGCUUCCAUAGGAUUUAUCAUUUUUACCUUUUUUCUUCUUCAAAGUCUAAUUUUUACCAAAUUUACCAAUAUUCUAAUCAAAGAGACAAGAUGAUGACAAUCAAUCAUAUCACACAAUCUAACCUAAUCAAUGAACUGACCAACAACUAAGUCAAACAAUCAACAAACGCAAAGGCAAACAAAUGAAAGCCAAUGAGCUUCAAAAGAAACCCAAUCAAAUCCAAGAAACAUGAUUAUAAAUACAAUUGAUUGUUAUCAUGAUAUAUCCCGAUUAUUAUCAUUAUUUUUGUUAUUUUAUCAUGAUAACUGAAUGUAAUAUAUAUUAUAUCAUUAACGAAAUAGGAAGAUGCAACUUUAAAUCGGUUAAUAUCAUUUUUGCUUACUUCCUUUUCCGUUACCAGUAAAAAAAAAUGAAAAACUGUCAAAAAAAAAUGAAGUUGCGAUCAAAUAAUAUUACAAUCAACUAAAUUGCUUUAAUCAAUUAGCAACAAUUUACAUUUCCAAUUGUUAAUUUUGUGUUUCUCUCAUUCAAUCCAAAACAUAAGAAACCAUAUUGAUUGGUAAUGAUUAGAUUACCUAAGCAAUUAAAUUGUCGUUCAACUAUUUUC